UAUUUUUACGAAGCAUUUUAUAUGAAGUAUUUACGUCAUAUAAACCAUAUCUUUUUUCUCGGAAAAUUAUCAGAAUUAUGACAAUGACCGGAAAAAUUAGCGCUUAUCAGAGAUUAAUGUUGAAAAUCGCUUCGAUCCUGCCUGAAAAACUCCGCGUCGCGUUUUUGCAUCCCGUAGGUCCGACUACUAUAUUCUUCUGGGCACCGACGUUUAAAUGGGGUUUGGUGAUAGCAGGCAUAGGAGACAUUAAUCGACCUGCAGAUACGAUCUCUCUCAGUCAAACCGCGAGUCUUAUGGUUACGGGAGCUAUAUGGUCUAGGUAUUCGCUGGUAAUAAUACCCAAGAAUUACAAUCUGUUUAGCGUCAACAUGUUUACUUGUUGCACGGGAGCGUACAAUUUUGUCAGAGGAUUGUUAUAUCAAAUGCAGAAGAAGGAACAGUGAGAUGCCAAUGAAGGAUAUGGAAAUCGUGA